AUGACUGUCACCGACACAGACAGUCAAAGUAAUGAAAAUAGUAACAUCGAGUAUAGAGAAGAAGCUAGUAAUAGUAGUAAUAAUGAAUCCGAUAAUGAAGAUGAAAAAAAGAAAAGAAAAUUAAGGGAUACAAGUCUUUCACCAACAUCGAAAGACAAAACAACAACAGCAACUAAAGAGAAUAGCAUAAGAAAGAAGAAAAUAACAUCAAAAAAGAAAAAGAAAACAACAAUAGAAAAUGAUCCACGAGCACCGGCAGGUAGUCCAAUAUUAUUAGUCACAGAGAAUAGUAAUAAAGAACAGAAGAAUAAAGAUAAAGAUAAAGAAAAUAAAACAAUAAGACAAGAUACUCCGAUAGAUACAAGUCUCAAAGGACCGAGACCAUUCGCACGGGUAUUUAAACCACCUGUACCCUCACAGAGAUAUCAACAACAACAGGAUAUUGUUAUUGAAUCUAAUAUAAAUGAAUUGCCGAAAACACCACCAGGCCUAGUGGAACCACCUGUACUCAGUCCAAGACAGAGUACACCAAAAACACCUAUUCCACUACCACAACGAUUUGUUCACAGUCCAAAGAUUGUAACAACAAGUGAUGAUUAUGAGAUACAGGAUGCGCAAGUUGAAACAUCAAAUACUAGUAUAAGAAUAGAAAGUAAAGAGGAUCACCAUAUGGAACAAGAUCAACAUAUGGAAAUAAAUAAAGAUACAUACGUACCAUCAGUUGUAUCGAAAGAUAUAGAUUUUAGUCAUUUCAAUUUAUUUAAUUUUCCGAUUAUACCGAUAGAGUGUAAAUAUCAUUUUAAGAUUUUUCAUUUGAAUGCAAGUAUAGAAAAUAUUAUAGCACAUAGAGAAUUUUUAGAAAAGAAAAUGAAACAACAAGAAAAGGAGUUAGAGGAACUUAUGAAACAGUUUAAGGAAGAGAAACAUCGAGAUAUAGUACAGUACGUUAAGAAUAGUGUAGAGCCAUUGAUAGAUAUCUUAAAAGAAUCUAAUAAAAAACGAUUAGAUAAUCUUAUAUUAGACCAAAUGAAAGAAAAGGCAUUAAGAACGAUUAGAAAUAAGGGCAAUAAAGAGAAUCUAGAAUUAGUCGAGAAAGCGCAACUAAGAUUCGAUAGAACAUUACAGUUAAGAUUCCAACUAGAUAAGUUAGAUCGUAGAUUAAAUGAGAACAUGCCACCACCAGCACUGAAUGUCAUGGAUAAGUUGCAGUUCCGUAGUAAAGAAUUAGAUAAGGAAGUAAUAGACCAGUACAGUGAGCAAUGGAAUAACAUCAUAAGGAAGAGUAAAUUAGAUUUAACAUCAAUUAUGAGAAUAGCUAAGGUAGCAGAAAUAAAUAAGAGUGAGAAAGAACAUCUAGAUAUAAUAGAAAAAAUACCAGUAGAAAUAAGAAUAGCAUAUAAAGACCUGAUACACACAUUAGAGAUUAGAAACAAUAGAAAAGUCCACAAGAAAUUGAAUUUUUUAGAGAAAAAGGCGAAAAGAACAGUAGAAAAAUAGUUAGAGCUAAGGAAAGGAAUAGUAGGGCUAAGAAUCUACACCCCCAUUUUACACCUCUAGGAUUUCCACCCCAAGUAAACAAUAAGGUUUUAGGGCUAACUGAAGAAGAGAGAAGGAUCCUAAAUUAUGGACCAAAAUUUGUACCUGAGAACCCCCAACAAGCAUUAGAUAGAUUAGAAGAUGAGAUUAGAGUAAUGAAAGAGAAACUAGCCGAAGCCUGGAGAAGAGAAACUAGAACAGUCGGUAGAAACCCAAGUCUUGUAGAAGAAUUCGCCUUAAGAUUAGAAAAUGAGAUGAGAAAUAAGAUAAAUGAGAGGAUAGUAAGAGACCCACUAGUUGAGAAGACCUUAGAACGCUUUCAACAGGAACAAAAAAAGGGAAAGGUUAUUUUUAGACAGACGGACAAAUCAAAGGUAUUCCACGUAGACAGGCCUGAGACAUAUAUUGAGAAGUCGAUAGCUUAUAUGAGAAAGACGGAUGCCUACGAGGAAAUAGAACAAUCACCCCUAGAGAGUAUGAUAGAAAAGACAGAGGAGUUACUUAGAAAUUUAGUCAAUAGAAAACUAUUACCCGGAAAGUAUUUUGAGAAAUUGAAACCAAAUCCACUAGAAGCCGAGUUACCCCAUCUUUACUAUAACCCAAAAGAUCAUAAGGUAGGAGAACCACUAAGACCAAUCGUUUCAGGGAUGAAAUCACCUACACAAAAAAUCUCGGCUUUUCUCGAUAAAAUUAUCCGACCCAUUUUUGAUAAAUUAACCCCUUAUAGUUUGACGAAUAGUAUAGGAUUUUUAAAACAUUUAAAAAAGUACGGAACAACAGACCAGACCCUUGUGUAUACUUUCGACAUAACAGAUUUAUACACAAUGAUACCUCAGCAGGAGUCGAUCUUAGCAGUCUGUGAGAUGUUAGGGGAGAAUAGAAUUAAUAAGGUUAACGGAGAGAUACCCAUCAAUACAGUUAGAACCCUAUUUAGACACGUACUAGAGAACGCGUAUUUCGCUUUACAGUUACCAGGGCAAGGGGUUAAGUAUUACAAACAGAUUAGAGGAGGACCCAUGGGAUCAGAGUGCACCCAAGUCUUAGCAGAUGUAUACAUGAGAAAGUGGGAGAAGGACUUUAAGGAACAGCAGGAGAGAGAGGGAGAGAUCUACCUUAGAUUCCGAGAUGAUAUUUGCAUAACCACUAAGAGACCCAGGGAAGAAAUGGAUAAAAUUUUAUUAGAGCUAGGAAAGAAGGAUAAAAAUAUAGGGUUAACUUUUGAGACAGGAUCCCAUGUAGAUUACUUAGAUGUAAGAGUAGAAGUUGAGACUCCCAAUUUUCGGACAAGGGUAUAUAGAAAAUUAGCGGCUCAGCCUUACAUCUUACCCUUUAACUCAGCACACCCUCCCCAUGUUAUGAAGAAUAUUCCCUUCUCAGCACUUUUACGAGCAGUAAGAAUAUGUUCCCAUCGAGAUAAUUUAGAAGAAGAAAUUGAGAAAGUGAGAAUAACCCUACUUUUGAAUAGAUACCCUCCAAAAUUUAUAGAGAGACAUUUUCAGAGAUUUUAUGAGACUUUAACAGGGCAGAAAAAUACAAAAUUACUUCUUAGCGACAGGCACAACGAGUUUAGGGAACAGGUCUUAGACGAAGGAUGGAAUAAAAAAGAUAAACCCGGGAUUGACUUGAGCAGAGAUAUUAUGGUCCAUUUUACCUAUACACAAAAUUUAGCUAAUUUCGGGUCAAAGUUUCACCAAAUUUGGAAUGAGAUUUUUGAGGGAACCCCGCUUAGCGAUAUCCCAGUUAUCUUUGCCCAUAGAUUAGCGGAUAACCUCAAGAAGGUAUUAGUCCAUAAGAAACCCCCUAAGUCAGCAAUAAGAGCAUUAGUAGAGGAGUUAGAAAAGGAAUAGAAUAAGUGAGAGAUAGGCCCCCUCCCCCUCUUUUUUUGCUUUUACAUUAUAGUUCGAUUGAUACGAACAGUGACAAGAACGAAGGACCUGGUCAAUAUUGUUUUUUUAGUCCUUCGCUUUUGUUCUUUUGUUUUUUGUUUCGUUUUGUUGUUUUUCGUUUUGUAUUUAAUUAAUUUUUUAUAAAAGUGUAUAAUUUUAUUGUGAUAGGGAUUAAGAGUUAGUUCCCAUUGAGUUACUCCCUUCUUGGCACCCACACUAUCGAGAUUGCCUUGAGAGAUAGAAGAGACUAAGAAUGGACUAAGAAUAGAAAGAAAUAAAAGAAAGAGAACGACACCUAUCCCCCUCCAAUGAGAAUAGUGGCCCCCAUUAAGAAAGAAAAAAUUCCUAUUGGACGAGAGUAGAAGAAAGGAAAAAUUCCCAUUAGACGAGAGUAGAAGAAAGGAACGAGAGUAGGAUAAAAGGAAAGGGAAGAGCGGUAGAUAGACAUUCAUAGCCUGAAGAAAAUUAGAAACGCGUCGCUUUACAAGCUCAUCAAGUUUAUUAUAUAUCACGUAUCGUAUUAUUUUUUGUUAAUCUUAAAAUAAAUCAAA